AAAAAAAAAAAAAAAAAAAAAGAAAGUGAAUGAACUUUUCGUCGCGGCUCCCCUGAGCUUUUAUAUUAUAUUAUACUCUCUCUACUAUCGAGUGGUUGACUCCAGACUGUGAUAUCUCAAACAAGAAGCCAGGCCGACUUACCGAAACAAGAAUGAAGGCCAUUCGACGCUCAUUGAAAGGGGAGAAAGAUCCCAAAUCCCAUCAUCAUCAUCAUCACCACCAUUUGUCUAUCACUCCCAAGUCCGCCAUUGCGAUUCUCCCGCCCAAGAAGGUUAUCAAAGCGCUCUUUGAUUACCAACCGGAGCCCGGGAACACACAGGAGCUUGCGUUCAGCAAGGGAGACUUCUUUCACGUUAUCAGCAGGGAGGACGAUCAGGAUUGGUACGAAGCGUGCAAUCCCCUCAUCCCUAGUGCCAGGGGGUUGGUUCCUGUGUCUUUCUUCGAAGUCAUCGGCAAGAACGAGAGAGAUAGCGUCGGCUCCGUCGAUCUGUUUAAAAAGAAAGAACCGCACGACUCGGGAUUUUCUGAUCGCGCCGCAUUCCCCGCCUCCGAUUUUGUCCACAGCCCGCCCCGAUCAUCGUCGCAGCUCAGGAUGUCGGCGUUAGGGAAGGGCUCGAGCCCUAUGGUCUACGGUAUCGUUCAGUACGACUUCCAGGCUGAGCGACCCGACGAACUGGAUGCGAAGGCCGGCGAGGCCAUCAUUGUGAUUGCUCAAUCGAAUCCAGAGUGGUUUGUCGCCAAACCUAUUGGUCGCUUGGGAGGACCUGGCUUGAUUCCGGUCUCAUUUAUCGAGUUGCGCGAUAUGCAGACUGGCCAAGCGGUGACCGACCCGCUCGAGGCCGUCAGGCGCGCCGGCGUGCCCAAGGUGGAGGAAUGGAAGAAGAUGACGGCCGAGUACAAAAACAGCAGCAUCACCUUGGGCAAGAUUGAGGGCAACGGCUCGUCGUCGAUGCAGUCGGUUACAUCAGGCGUAGACCGGAUGUCGAUCGGCCGGCAGAGUACCAGCCAAAUGAGCCAGAACGGUCACAUAUCUGCGUAUCACAACCGCAAUACAAGCAAAAGUUCUCUCGUGCAGCAAGCUUCCCACCAGUCCUCACAAAGCUAUCACCAACCUCUCAUGGCGCCUAUCGCCGCCUCAAUUCCCCGCUACUGCUUUGACAACGAUAAAUAUUGGUAUAUUAUCGAGGCCAAGAUGGAGGAUGGCCGCUGCUGGGAGUUGUCUCGCUACUACCACGACUUUUACGACUUCCAGAUCGCUCUUUUGACUCAAUUCGAGGAGGAAGCGGGUAACCGUGGCAAGCCACGCACGUUGCCUUAUAUGCCGGGUCCUGUCACCCACGUUACGGAUGCAAUCUCCAACGGCCGUCGACAGAAUUUGGAUGAAUAUAUCAAAAAAUUAUUGGCCAUGCCUCCCCACAUCUCCCGCUGCCAACUGGUUCGCCAACUAUUCGCACCCCGCGCCGGCGACUUUGAGAUUGAUCCGAGCGCAUUUGGCGAGGACGCACGGUUCUCCGGUGGCUCGCACCAUUCGUCGACGCACGAGCCCUCGCGCAGCGUAUCGCGGCAGUCUUCGCAGGCUCCGAUCGCCGUGCAUACUGAGCGCAACUCUCACCAACGAGGGCAGCCGUCGCUGUCUCUUGGCAACGGCAACCCUCCUCCCAUGAACCGCCAACCCAGCUCGCUUACUCAGGUUUCUACCACCUCGAGCAGCGGCGCCAUGAAAGUCAAGGUGUUUUUCCAGGAUGACUUGAUCGCCAUCCGAGUCCCCAGCGACAUCAGUCUCCAGCAACUGAAGGAGAAGCUGAUUGACCGUCUCAAGAUCCAAGACGAAAUUGUCGUCCAGUAUAAAGAUGAGCCAUCCGGGACGUACGUGGACUUGGCUACUGACGCCGAUCUUGACACGGCGAUCUCACGAAACUCCAAACUCACAUUAUAUGUCGGUAUUGCAUAGAAGCGGUGAUUCUCCAUUCAUCCCUUAUAGACCUGUCCAUUCUUUCAUUUCCGUUUGUCUGACCCCAACUACCUUCUUAGUUGGUGCACUGGUGUUCUGGUGUCUUUCUCUUUCUGUCCUUGGUCAUCAGCCUCUGAGCGAGUGUUGUUGUUGCUGAGUCACGAGGUCGAAACGAUGACAAAAAUGACAUGCCUGAAACGUUUAUGCCAUCAUGUACCCUCUCUGUUUUCCUUUGUCCAUCCAGGCCAUGGCUGAUUGUGUCCUCCAUACCCUGAUUGUGCGUUCCUUGUUUGAUCGUGUACAUAAAGCUUCUUUUGCAUAUAAUGCGAGCUACGGUAGGUGCAAACCUACUUUCAUUCUUAUACAAUGCCA